AUGAUGUCAGGCGAACCCCUGCACGUGAAGACCCCCGUCCGUGACAGCAUGACCCUGUCCAAAGUGGCUGGCACCACCGUCUAUCUCAAGAUGGACAGUGCCCAGCCCUCUGGCUCCUUCAAGAUCCGGGGCAUCGGACACCUCUGCAAGACGUGGGCUGAGCGAGGCUGUGAACAUUUUGUCUGUUCCUCGGCAGGCAACGCAGGCAUGGCAGCUGCCUAUGCGGCCAGGAAGCUGGGCAUCCCCGCCACGAUCGUCGUGCCCAGCACCACGCCUGCCCUCACCAUCCAGCGGCUCAAGAAUGAGGGCGCCAUGGUCAAGGUGGUGGGUGAGACAUUGGAUGAGGCUGUCAGGGUGGCCAAGGCCCUGCCGAAAAACAACUCAGGCUGGAUCUACGUCCCUCCCUUUGACGACCCCCUCAUCUGGGAAGGCCACUCUUCUAUCGUGAAGGAGCUGAAGGAGACGAUGAGCACAAAGCCGGGGGCCAUCGUGCUGGCGGUGGGGGGUGGAGGCCUGCUGUGCGGAGUGGCCCAGGGGCUGGUGGAGGUGGGCUGGGGGGACGUGCCCAUCAUCACCAUGGAGACCAUCGGAGCCAACAGCUUCCACGCUUCCACCAAGGCCGGCAAGCUUGUCACCCUGCCCCAGAUUACCAGUGUCGCCAAAGCCCUGGGCGUGACCACUGUGACAGCACAGGCUAUGAAGGUGUUUCAGGAACACCCCAUUUUCUCUGAAGUUGUCUCGGACCAGGAGGCUGUGGCCGCUGUUGAGAAGUUUGUGGAUGACGAGAAGAUCCUGGUGGAGCCCGCCUGUGGGGCAGCCCUGGCUGCCAUCUACAGCAACGUGGUUCAGAAGCUGCAAGGAGAGGGGAAGCUCUGCACCCCACUGUCCUCCCUCGUGGUCAUCGUUUGUGGGGGCAGCAACAUCAGCCUGGCCCAGCUGCCGGCGCUCAAGAAACAGCUGGGCAUGAAGAGCGGGCUGCCCCAGUGA